UAUGGAUGAUUCACUUGUUGAAAGGACCGCUUCUCUCAGAGAAUUAUGUGGUCGUUAUCCAUAUAAGCCAGAAAACUAUGACAAUUUGAUAGAAUGCCUUCGUUUGAAUAAGUCAAAUAAUGAUGAGAUUUUUGUUGUUAGAGAGAAGAAAAGAGGUUUGUUUAAAUGGAGACAAGAAGAUUUGGCUGGUUAUCAAGAGGAUAUUGCCAGUAUAUCGGACAAAGAGAAGAAAGACCAAGUAUCACUUGAAUUCUAUUCAAGGUUGAAGGAAGAAUAUCCAAUUGCAGAGAAUUGGGUUAACUACAUCGAGCAUUUAAUCGCAUUACGGCCAGAAACAGUUGUGCCAUCAAUUUACGAUGAGGCAUUAGAGGAUUGUGAAUACGAUUAUCAAGAAUCCUAUAAAGUGUGGAACUACUUGAUUACCAUAGCUCUGGCUCUUUUCGAGGAAGGACAACUGCAAUUUGAGUCGGUAUUCCAGCUAUACUUGAGAAGAUUGAGUAGGCCGCAAAAUAAUUUGGAUGGAGUAUUUUCGGAAGUAUCACAGUUUGUUAGUAAAAACAAAGCAAAUGAUUAUGAAAAGUAUAUGGUCAAAGCUAAUAGUAUGUAUCAAAAAACCUCCAAGUCGAUGAGAUAUUAUGAGAUGUUUGAACUUCCAUUGGCAAAAGAUCCAACCAAUGUUGAACUUUGGAGCCAAUAUUUGGAUCAAAUAUAUAAGUAUUCAAAGAAGGAUCACACCUUGAAACAACUAAGAACCACCUUCUUUCGUGCUUUAACAGCUGGUGGAAUUCUAAGAAAUGGACAAAAUCAAUGGAUUCCUGUUUGGUUAACGUUUAUUUAUUGCUUAUAUGAUCUGGGGAAUUCCCAAUUAGCUCGUGAAUACCUGAAGCAAUUUCUCCAAACAUAUCCAUACUCAUGUCUUGGGUACGCAGAAUUUAUUCGCAACAUUCAGGAAAACCCCAAGGAGACCUCUGAAUUUCUUGUAAUCAGACAGAGGAUUCAAGAAUGUGAUUUGAUGAACUCUAGUGACUAUGAUUCCUGGAAGACAUUAGCUACUACUCUACUUGCUUUUGAAUAUAAGUGUGUUGAGGAUUUAGGAAUAGUAGAUUUCAUGAAUCAUCUAUUUUCGGAUAUAGAUAAAUUUGUUAAUCAUGCUCUAGAAAACAAUGACAUAUUUCAUACUGUUGAAAAGACUGCCAUCACCAUUUUUGAGAAAUUGGAUGAAAUUGAACUGGCAGAGAAAAUAUUACAAGGUUUAGUUGAACUGUUUAACGCUCAAUGUGAAGUUUGGCUUUUUUUUUACGAGUUUAAGAAAAGAAAUGGGGCUUCAGCAGGAGAAAUCUCGGCAGUUUUCGAGUCAUCAUUGGAAAGAAUAUUAGAGAUGGACUGGCCAGAAAGGAUUCUUCUGGAAUGGUUAUCUUUCGCCCAACUUAAUGAGUCUUCAGAAGCCAACAAAAAGCUUGUCGUUAGAGCCGAUGAGAUUUUGAAAGCUAUCACUGAAUAUCGCAUGAAUAUGUCUACUGAAAAUUAUAUAUCGAAUAGCAUUGGCAGAAAGCGUUCACUAGAAGUACGAAAAGAAGAAUUACCGUCGAAGAAACAGAGAACUGAAUCCACUGAAGAUUUUAAGAGAAAUAGAGAGCUAUUCACUAUUAAAGUCACGAACCUCCCAAGAACCACUACCGAAAAUCAUGUUAAAGACUUCUUCAAGGAAUGUGGUGAUACUAAAGAGAUAAUUUUAUUCAAAGAAAAUGACGGAAUAUCCUGUAGAGUUGAGUUUCACAGCGAACAAGAAGUUCUUGCUGCAUUAACAAAAGGAUUCAAAAAAUUCCAAGAUAAUGAAAUCUCGAUUACCCGGUUCUUUGAAGCUACUGUUUGGGUUACUAAUUACCCCCCUAGCCUAAGUCAAGAUCAAAUAAAGGAUAUGUUUUCAAAAGUAGGUAAUGUUAUCAGUGCAAGAUUUCCUAGUCAAAAAGCCAAGCACGACAGGCGAUUUUGUUAUAUUGAAUUUGGAGAUCCGCAACAUGCCAUGAUAGCUAAAAAAAUGUUCAAUGAUAAAGAAAUUGAAGAUCCUCUUGAUAAUAAGAGAUAUACAUUAAAAGUUGAGAUUUCUGACCCAUCUCGUAAACGUGAAAGAAAUGAAUCCUCGCAUUCAAACGAAGCCUUUAUCCAAAACUUAGAUUUCAAAAUUGUUACAAGUGACAUCCUAAGGGAUUUUUUUUCUGGCUGUGGUGAAAUAGAACAGAUUAGGUUGCCAGUCAAUGAAAAAGGUGUCGAUAAAGGCUAUCAUAAUUCUGGGUUUGGUUUCAUCAAUUUCAAAACCGAUGUUGGUCUUGAAAAUGCCUUAAAAUUAAAUGGUGCCUCCCUUUCGAAACGCCCAAUCAAGAUCUCAAGAUCAAAAAGCAAGGCAGACCAAAAUAGACAGCCGCUGAAAAGCAUUUCGGCUUUCGAUGACAGCAAAAGUAUAUCAUUGUUCAACGUGAAUGAUACAUUGACAGCUCAGCAAUUAAGAUCACAUAUUACUCAAAACGUUGGGGACGUGAAUAAACUAGAGUUGUUCCCAAAAUCCGAAGCUGCGCUUGUUGAGUUUACCAAUUCACCCGAUGCUGGUAAAGCAUCUAUGAUCUUGAAUUCUCAGGACCUUGCCGGCCGUACCUUGACCGUGGGACUGAAGAGAGAUCUAUUACAAAAGCUUCACAAUCCAUCAACUGCUAAAACCACCCAUAAUCAACCCCCAGUUACAGACAACUCCCUUUUGGCUCCACCCACCUUGAUGCGCCGUAGAAAACGUUAGCGUAUCCUCUAAAUAAUUAAUGAAACACCUUGCUAUACUAA